AUGCUAUCGAAAGAAGAACUUGACAAUUUUGUGUUCAGUGAGCCAAAAAUGCGAGCCUUUGAAUGGAAUGACGAAACAAACGAAAUAGACAUCAUGGAGUUGGUACCGCCAGUGAAGCUUGUACCUGUGGGGACCAAACCAAAGCCGAUCAAAUGGAAUGUUCAUAAACAGCGAUUAAGAGUAACCUUGGAGGAUGUCAAAUUGGUGACGAUAAUUAGACUCAAGAACUCAGGCCUGCCAGUCACCAUUUCCAGGAGAUUUCGGAGACUUGUCAAUACUCCUGAGAUGAACAAGCUUGUAUUAUCACUUGCGAGAUAUUUCGAUAUAUAUUUCGAAUCAAUGAGUUAUGAAGAAACAGUCGCCGAGUCACUUUUUCUUCCAACAUCCAAGCAGAUGAUGAAGAUAAAACAGCUGAAGCAACGGGUGAAUGUUUGUUUGGUCGGGGCAGCCGAAGCUUACGCAAACUUGCUAGUGAUUGGUCAUAUGGAUUACUUUGAACAGCAACAAAAAAAGCGCAACGCACGCUACCCAACUGAUCCGGACAGAGAGAAACGGAGGGAACAUGAACUAUUCGAAACAAUCUACUGGUAUUUGGUGUUCUCCGUAUGGGUUAUAAUGAACCGGAAACGAUUCAGAAUCAUUUGCAGUGAAGUUGGAUGGUUUAUCCGUUCAGAAAUGUUCAAUUCACUCGGUCGAGUUGGACCGGAGCAACUGGUCAGACGGUCAAGUCGCAUUGAGUUGGUUCAAGAAAUAUAUGAAAGAAAUCUUCCACGGGCACGCAUGAUCAGGUUGGGUGGUGUAUUUCAAUGA